AUGAAUGAUGAUCCAAUACAGAUUGACCAGCUAGAGGACUCGAUUAUUGACCAUCCGGAUGAAAUAACAAGGAGAGAAUUGAAUAGUACUUCGUUAGAUGAAACUUUUCAGAAGAAAUUGAGUGCAAAAGCUCAUGAGAUUGAUGCCGCAAACGGUAAGGUUUCUUCUAGUGAUGGCAAUUUCUCGGAAAAUGUAAUGAACUAUCAGUUCUUAGUGACAAAGCUGCAUUUACAGUUUGAGUAUAUGGAAAUGGGUCUGUUGGCUGACGAGAUUAGCGAGUGGUUUACAUUUGAUGAUUUGAAAACUCUUGGUCUUGGUCUUGGUCUUGGUCUUGGUCUUGAAAACAUGCGGCUGUUACUGGUGCAGCCGGAGCAGGUGAUGCAAGAUUUCACAAUGAAACUUUUGGGAAGCAGCUUAAACGAUGACACAAUGGACGACGACUACCUUCAGAAAGUGUCAUAUUUCAGUUUCGGCGAGUAUGCAAAUGUAUCUAGUAAACAAGAGCAGAUUGCCUCAAUCAUCAUCAACAAUGAAAAACUCCUAAAGUGCGAGAUUUACGAACCAUUGAUCAAGAUGAUCUCACAGUUUUUCAAUGAAAGAAUCAAAGCCGACAAGGAAUAUCACUCAAGUGGCAGAAUACUACUGAAAAAAACGAGUACUAAUUACUUGAGAGUCUUGUCAUUACUAUACUUUCUAAUCCUUGUGUCACUAAAUAGUGACCAAAAGCAUUCAAGGUUUAAAAACUAUUUGCAAAAAUCUAGCUUUUUGGAAAAGAUCUUUAGUUUUAUCGAGCAUUGGAAAUGGCACCCAAACAAGUCAUAUAGAAUCAGGUACCUCAUUCUCUUACUAAACAAGCUAUUGCUAUUUGAAUUCGGAGGGAUCAACCAGCUACAAAAAUGCGAUAACUUCCUCAAUCGUGCUUAUAACAUUUGCAAGAAAAAGAACAAUGAUGGUGAAGAAAAAAGUAAAAGCCUAACUUGUUCUCCAUUAGAAUAUUUUGCAUUUAGGGAGGAUUUGAUUGAUAAGUUUCCCUUGUUCGACGCAGAACGGAAAUUUGCGGCUCCACCAUUACCAUCUUUUUCGUCCCAAUCACAACAGGAGUCACAAUCUAUUGAUGAAAAAUUCAAGAUGUUCAUGGCUAUCAACAACUACUCCAGAUCAUUGUCAAAUAUUAUUGAAACUCCAAAGACUAAUAAAUCGCACACAGUGUUGAGUCAAUUGCCAACACAACCAGUUCACUUGGCUACUCCUAUUCCGUCUCCCAAACUAGCAUCCUCCGAUUUCAUGUCAGGUGGAGAAAAGAUAAGAAAGUCUUAUCAAGUUAAUCAAUCAAUGCCAUUCAUCUAUCCCAACUACAGUGCUUUAUCGCAAGAUUGCGUCCCUGUAGCCAUGAUUGAGGCUGAUACCAUUUUGAAAAAUGCAGUAUAUGAAAGCUAUUCUAUAAAGAGACUAUGGAAUGAACGUGAAAUCUUUAUGAAACAAGAGAGAGGGUUUGAAAGUGCUUAUGACGUUAAGAGCGAGUUUGAAUUGAAAUUGGAGGAGGCAGAAGCAGAAGCAGAAGCAGAAGCAGAGGCAGAGGCAGAAGCAGAGGCAGAGGCAGAAGCAGAAGCAGAAGCAGAAGCAGAAGCAGAGUUGGAGACGGAUAAAGAUGAAGAUGAUGCGAUACGGUCUCUCAAAAGAGUUGAACAAUUUUAUUCCCAAGUAUUGUCAAGUUUAAAUACUGUUGUUCAAGUAAUGAUUGAAAUCAUUAAAACCAAUAGAAUAGACUCUAACUUAAACUUUUAUGAAUUGGAAUUGAAUCCUGCUACUUCAUUCAUGGUGAAUGUUCCCUCGACUCAAGGUAAUAAUAACAGUAAUAACGACAACAAUAACAAUAACAACAACAAUUUUGCAGCAGGAGCGAAAAUUGAGGCAGUGUUGAUGCUGCAAUUGGAAGUGUUUAGUGUCAAGGAAAUCACGACUAAAGCAGCAACAAGUACAAUACUCAACCUUCUUUCAUGGUUCAAGAGAAGUCAUGUAUUGAAAUACUAUUACUUUUCAUCAAUUUUGUUUGACCAGCAGUUUUUUACUGUUGCGUUAGAUUUCAUGAGUACCAGUUUCAAUAAUUGUAACUGCCAAGGUGUACCGCAACUGGCAACCGACACGAAGGACGAAUUGAUAGAGUAUGAAGUAUUGACUAAUCAGAAUCGAUUGAUGAAUCCGCAAAUCAAGUUACCAAAGCUAGAUUUUUUUAACAACUGUUUAAGCAAAACAGCAAAGGAGAAUUAUGACUACCAGUUUAUCAACAAAGUCUUUAUACUGGAAUUGUCCAAAACGACAGAUGAAAAUAAUAUCAAUCAUAUAUAUAUCAAUAGCUUCAAUGGCAAUUUUGCACAAAUAUUAUCCAAUUUACUCAAGAUAACCAACAAGAUCCUCCUAAAGAACCAAAGCCAACGAAUCUUUGCAUUGAAUGAUCUCAAGCCAUCGGAACUUUUCAAAAUGAUCCUAAUCAAUUAUGACACCCCGGCAUUUUCUCAGCCAAUAUUGAAGAUUUUGAAGAAACUAGUUCCUUACCAAGGCAGGAAGUGGAAAAGCGUUAAUAUGGAUUUAAUCAGCUCCAUAUACCUCAAUUGCAACCUCAGCAUGAGGGACAAUUGGCUCAGUGGUAAGGAUCUAGAAAGUGAUUUCAAUAGUAGCUAUGAUCAAGAAGUUGCCCUAAGAGCAUUGUUGCAGUUUUACAAUAUCAGACGAUACCCUAGAGAAAUGGAAAGAAUUGGAUACAAAGUAGUUAGAGAUGAUAUCUUACCAUUGAGCUUGAACAAUCUUGAUUUGGAAGAGAGCGACACUAGGGAAGGAAGCGACACUAGGGAGCGAAGCGAGCUAGUGGAGCAGUAG